AUGGCUGUUGCUUGGAUGCGACUCAAGGAUCGGCGAAACCAGGCCGGCUCUUUUUUUUCAGCCGCAGGAACAGGAAGUCAAACUGAAGAUUCGGCUGCUUUCGUUGUGGUCGACACUCAGGAACUGGGCUGCUGUCUUUUUGCGUCGCCAUUCACCUCUUACCACUCUGUUAAGUCGUUGGUUAACCUGGGGCGUGAAAUCGGUAUAUGCUGUUUAACCUAUCCUUAUAUAUUUACCCUUUGCUUUUACAGAGUGCUGACCAUUUGGCUCAUAUAUCAGGAAAACCAAUCUGAGUCGAACAACAAUGACAUUAUUGAAAUCGUGAGAGAUGCAAAAGGCGAAUUCAUCUGUGGCGGCUUGACAGGAAUAGUUGAACUGCUUGAUAAUGGCACUGUCAUCAAGUCACCUUUCCCCGGCCCCAUGAUGGAAGACCAUGUUCAAGACAUUGCUAAGGAGGCGGUCAUAUAUCGGCGAAUCGGCCCCCAUGAGAGGCUUGUUAGACUAGUCAGUCAUUCAAGCGAUGGGAUUAUACUUGAGUAUAUGCCAAAUGGCGAUCUCAAGAGAUAUUUACAGUCUCAUGAGUCGAGCUCAGUUCCAACAAGUCUCAAAUUAACUUGGGCGUACCAAGUAUCGGAAGCGGUCCAGCUUCUCCAUAAUAACAACAUUCUCCACUGUGACAUAAAACCACGAAAUCUUCUUCUGGAUAACGAACUUAAUAUCAAAAUUAUCGAUUUCUCCGGCUCAUCUCUAGAUGGUUCUAAACCCACUUCAGGUGAAGGAACUCGAUUCUAUCUGCCACGCGACUGGAGAGAGCCACCGACUAUAGCAACAGAUCUUUUUGCCCUAGGCUCGACUCUCUAUGAAAUUUUCCAGGGCAAUAGUCCUUUUGAAGAUAUUCCAAGUGAUGAAGUGACAACGCGUUAUGAGGCCCAGCAAUUUCCAAGCGUUACCGAUAUUCCAUGCGGCGAAAUAAUUGAAAAGUGUUGGCGGUCAGAAAUAAAUUCUGCUCAAGAAGUACAAACUGCUAUCGGAAACCUCGUCAAUAUAUAA